CCAUUUUGCUGCCUCGGUGUGUGUUUCCCUAUUCGUGUGAGUGAGUGAGUGUGUGUGUGAGUGUGAGUGUGAGUGUGUGAGUGAGUGUGUGUGUUGUUCGUGUGGUGCUCCUCUCGGCGUGAAUACCUCCGUCGCUUCCCAAACACUCGCUGACACACCAGCUGAGAGCAACCGGGAGAGAGAGAGAGAGGCAGAGAGACAGAGAGAGAGAGAGAGAGAGAGAGAGAUGUCUGCACUCGAGAGGACCGCGGCUGCCGCAGUGUGACAUUGGACAAGUCGGACGAUGUAACUCGAGUCUCGCCGAGCGUCGCCGAAGAGGACCGGGAGAAAUGCGGGCUUGACAAAGAGCGGAGUGGGUCGAACUCCGUCACCAACCAGUCAGCAUGACGGCGCUCAGCAAGGAAGAGGGGUAUUGCUGUCCAGGCGGGAUCGUCGUCGCUCCUUUGGAUUCUGCGUUUUGACCGCGUCCCGUCCGGCCGUCGACGAUGAUACCCGGGUUGAUCUCGCAGGAGUUACACAAGCAGCUUCUGGACCCCAAGAACUACCAGAAUCGCACGAGUGGCGUGGAGGAGCUCAAGCGCAUCCUCUCGGAGGCGGACGUUCAGUCGGUCCCCUCCGACAGCAUUGAGGACUUCAUCGGUUUUCUCCCUCGACUUCUGGAUGACAGUAAUUUCAAAGUGUUGUGCGGCACAUUGCAGGUUUUGAACUUGCUCAUUCAGAAGCUAGAUACGAGUGUAGGGAAAUAUCUCAAACAACUAGUGCUGGUGGCUCUCAAGGCCCUCGGGGACGCUCGCACCAUCACCAGGAAUGAAUACAUGAAUGUGUUUGGACAGCUGAUGAAAACUGUUGCACCGCAGCAAGUAUUAGAUCUUGUAAUCAGCAACUUGAAACACAAAAAUUCAAGGGUCCGGGAAGAUGUCCUUAACAUCAUAAUGGCAGCUAUGCUCACUCACCCCAGAAGAGAUUUCAACAUCCCCAAGCUUUGUUUUGAGGUUGCACCACAUCUGGCCGACAGCAAAAGGAAAGUCCGCCAUGCCGCCCUUGAGCUGUUCGCUGUUUUGGACUAUUGCCUUGACACAGGGAAAAAGCAGCCUCUGAUGAAAGCUGUGGACAUGGUGGAGCUCAAUGAGGAUGCCGAGGGUCUCAUGGCAGCUGUACAGGCAAGACGAGCAAGGCAUGUCCUUCCGAGACUUUCCUCGGAGGGGGUAGUGGAGUAUGGCUUAGCAGUGCCCAAACCAGGACAGAGAUGCUCGGUGCAGUAUGGUUCUGGAGCUGAUCUGGACUGGGUGAUGAACGGAGGGCGGAUAAGCAGUGCCAGGAGUCACAGAACUGAACCGGACUGUGACCGGCUGUAUGGCUACGGCAGCCUAGGCUCCCUCACUGAUGACCUUCCUCUUCAAAGGAGGAUUGUCAGUGCGGGUAAAGGGAAAAACAAGCUACCCUGGGAGAUGUCCAGCUUCUCAUCCACUGAGAAUGAGCAGCAAUGCGGUACACCCAACGGAAAGUGCUCUGAGCAGGGGGCCAGUGAGGAUUUCCUCCCUCUGUCCAGGAAGCUGAGUCCAGAGACCUACAUACCCAGUUUUAGUUCUGCAGAUCCACAGAAGAAACAAUCCUCCAGAAGGAGGGAGUCCCCUGCUCACCUCAGGAGAAGUGGAAGCCUUAACUUAGACCCUGACAUCUUUAAAACUACCAACUUUUCUGACCCAGAUGUUGUGGCAUCCAAAGGACGCACACUCCAGAGGAAUCCCAGUGUUGAGCGUACGUUUUCCCUCCCCUCUAACCCCACCACACCUGGCUCGUUCCUACUGCCCUCCUACCCACUGCCUACACUCCCAGGAGGCAUGCUAACUCCAACAAUGUCCCGUCGCCACGGUGAUCCCUCUCUGUCUAUGUCCAACACCUGGCCCAACAAGAGGGAGAGCAGCCUUCACCAGCGAGACACCAGCCCCUGGAGAGACACAGCAAAGGGGGACCAUCUCUCCAGCAUAUCCUCUCCGAGGCCUCUGCGUGCCUCCCUUGUCACUUCUUCUUCCACAUCGUCAUUCCGUCGGGCUCUGAGCAGCACCAGGGCAACAACCCUCUCUAUCUCGCCAGUGGUCCCUCCAUUAGAGCAGGCCCAGUCUCAUAAUGGCCAGAGGCCCCAUGCACCAGGCAGCCCUCAGAACCAACAGCUGGAAAAGAGCCUUCAUCUGGACCCUGAUGGCUUCAGAGCAGUGCAGGAUCCUCAAGAGGACGAUCCUCUGGACAUGCAGGAGAUGAUGAACUCUCUGCGCUCAUUGCGCAACAGUGCUGCCAAGAAGAGGGCCAAAGUGAGCCUCAGCAGUCCAGAUCCCGACAGCCCCGACUCUGCUGUGAGAUUAGACAUGGACUCACAAUCACAAACCUCUCCGAAGAUUACCAGCUCAGCCAGUGAAAGCGGUCUAUCCAGUCUGAGCUCAGUUGCCAACUCCAGCUCCAAUGGCAUCAAAACCAGUCCUGGAAACUCUGCCUCUUCAGGAAUGAAACCUCACAUUGCAAGAGUGCCUUCAGCAAAACUGAGGUCCUCUGUGUCCAUGGACUUUAGCAGCCUUCAAGGGUUAUCCCAGAGAAACGAACUGUCAUCUGAGGUGGGUGUUGUUGGGCAGAGAGUCACUUACUCCAAUGGAACAAUCAAAACUGAGAUGGAGACAACAGGAACUUCCCCUCCUUUGGUCAAACUGGACCUUCGCGAAACAGUCAGGGGUCUGAAGCCUGCCAAAGGUUCACAGAGUCACAGCAGCAGAAACUCACAAGGCACAGACAUGCCUGAAGGAGUCAUUGGGAGAGGCGUCUUUGGCACUGCAGUGCCUGGCAGCCCCGGAGUCGUCCUAUCACUAGAACAGGGUGGAUCGAUGGCCAAACCUCCCACCGAUCCCUCAACUGGUGUCUACAGCCACACUCUGUCUGACAGUCACGUAGACAUCGACGUCAGCCCACGUCCUGAUGAGCUUAAGGAUAGGGUGAAGAAUACUAGGUUCGGCCGGAACAGGAUGCGUCUGCAGCGUUUGGAUCAGCAAGUAGGGCAGGCUGGUAAGGGGGACAGCACACGAGACAAGAUUCGCCACCGUGUCCAACAGAUGCUGUCUGAUUCACCAACCGAGGAGAACAGAGCUACAAUCAUCACAGAUCUGCAUCUAAACGGCAGCACGCUGACUUCCACCAAAGCAGACCAUCUCUCUACCCCUCUUAGCCCUGUCAGCCCCCCAGGACCACAAAGCCCCCUCAAGUGCUUCACUCCGCCACACCAGCCGAGCCCCCCCACCGUGCCCCCCAACCCUAGAAACCUCUCUCGGCUCAGGAGGGCUCCUAGCCUCAGCAGAACCCGACCUUCGCUGUCACAUAGCUCAGAUGAGCUGUCCCCCGGCAACACGGGCCACAGGAAAAAUGUGUCUGAGCCUCAGGAAAUGUGUCCGUUUUCCAAACCCGACCUGGCACUGACAGAGAGUUUCAACCUGCUGAGUUCUGAAGACUGGGAGAAGAAGAUUGAGGGUCUGAUGUUCAUGCGCUCUCUGGCCCACUACCACUCAGACACACUCCAGGGCAAGCUUCAUGAUGUCUGCCUGUGUCUCAUUCAAGAGGUGAAGAACCUGCGGUCAGGUGUGUCCAGGGUUGCAGUGUGCACCAUGGGUGACCUAUACACCCACAUGCAGAAGGCGAUGGACCAGGAGCUGGAAGGAACAGCUAAAGCCUUACUGCAGAAGGCCGGGGAGACUAACGCCUUCAUUAGGCAAGAUGUCGAUGCAGCCCUGGAUUGCAUGGUGCAGCACUGCACUCCCACUCGCAGCAUCAACGCUCUUCUCUCUGGAGGAAUCAGUCACCUUAGCGCCUUGGUGAGAAAAUGCACCGCUCAGCAUCUGGCCAAUCUGGUGGAGAAGGUUGGUGCUGCCCGUCUUCUGUCUGGGGGCAAAGAUCUCACUGAGAGGAUCUUACCUGCUGUCACCAAACUCGCCCAAGACUCCUCACAGGAAACCAGGUUCUUUGGCCGGCGAAUGUUGCUGUCCCUGUCAUCCCACCCUGACUUUGACAAGAUCCUGGAGAAAUACAUCCCCACCAAAGACCUGCCAACCAUUAGAGACACUAUCUUCACUCUCAAGACAAAGGGUCUUGGUGAUAUGCCCCAAGACACUCAGUCAGCCAGGGGCAGACGCUCCCUCCCAGGCAGUGGCACAGUCAGGGCCUCAUCUCUCACCAGGGAGCCUCUCAACCAGACCAACAGGGAGUCCAAUAGCCAUUAUAGCUGUAGAUCUCAGACACAAAGUAUUGCAGACAAGACAGAAUACAUCAAGCAAAUCUCAGGUCUGCUGGGUUCAAAGGACUUCAGAGAGAGGAUCAAGGGAAUUGACCAGCUAGUGGUUGACUGCCAGCACAACCCCAACAUGGUCAUCAAUAGUAUAUUCCAGGUGUUUGAUGCCUUUAAGGCCAGGCUGCAGGAGUCCAACGGCAAGGUCAACCUGCACGCCCUUGAGUCGCUACAGAAAAUCAUCCACUUGAUGAAGGACAACCUGUCCCAAGUGGUCAACAUCCUGGUCCCAGCAAUCGUGGACAAUCACCUCAACUCCAAAAACAAUGCCAUCUACUCUGCUGCUAUCGGAGCCAUUAAUGCACUUAUUUUAAAUCUUGAUAACGUACUCCUUCUCCAGCCUUUCUGUACCAAGGCUCAGUUUUUAAAUGGCAAAGCUAAAGUGGAUCUUAUUGAAAAGGUUGCAGACCUUGUGACAGAGCUCUACCCUCGCAAACCCCAGGUGGUUGAGCAGAAAGUGCUGCCCUUGCUGUGGCACCUCCUGGGCACCUCUACCCACAGCGGCACCAUACAUGGCCGUGGCGGUAGCGUGAGGGGUGCUACCGCCAACCUGUGCCAAGCCCUUCACGCCCAGAUGGGGUCCAGCCUGAGCGAGAGUGCUGCCUCCCAGCCUGCCAACGUCCACAAAGGUUUAAACGAGUUCCUGAGGGCCUUAACCUAAAGGCAAAGCCGAAUCCAAACGCAACCAAAUGUUGGAAGAGAACACUGACCUUACUUGAAGACAGAGAUAUUCUACAUUUCUUACAGUGCCUGCACUUUUAUAUCGAAACAGAGAAAGUCCUUAUAGAUUAAGAGCUCUAAAUUCUUAUCGGAGUGAGUUUUCCUCUGGUACAGAAACAUGAAAAAUUGUUAACAUACUGACAUCAGGUCUUACACACACUCCACCUGCUCUCUUUGCACUUUUAAAAGGUAGCUCAUUAUAUUUAUGAAUGUCAUAACUUUUACAUAACAUAUUACUAUCAUUGCUUCCCCCCCCCCAUAUUCUUAACAUGUACUGUAGACAAAUCAGAGACGCUAUUGCAGAAUGUAAGAAUAAAAUGCACAAAAAGAAUAGGAAGACAGGGAAUUCAAAGGUGUAUAUUUUUGCUGCUUCACCAGAGGUGAUGUAAUAUUUUUGACCAUGUAGUUGUUUUGAAGAUUUGUGAUUUGAGAUCAACAGUAAUAGUACAAAAUACUUUUGUACGGCUCAAGUGUAAUUGCACAGUAUUAAUCGUAUGCUGUUUGACGGUACAGUUUAUAAUUUAUCUAUCGUAUAAUGGUUUAAAGGUCUUGUUAAUGAUGUGAUGAGUUGAUACUGUCUUUUUUUUUUUUUGCAUGACCAAAACUUACUGACAAGAUCAAUAUAGUCUCUAUUUUUGUUAAUUAGAUAAAUAUAUGUACACUGAUGCCUAGAUCACACUUGGGCUCUGACUCAUGCUCCUGGAUGGGAACGGCGUGAAUGGAGGAGUACUGCUUUAUUCCUGUGGUUGCCUGAGAAUCAGUCAAGUCCAGUGAAGAUCUGGUUUUGUCUCAGUAUAGUGCCAGUCUGCAAGUAGACUUUUAACUCAUAUAUUGUUAAAUUAUAUCAAACUUGUUUGUGAACAAGAGUGAAGACAGACUGAUAUAUAAAUAAAGUUUUAUUUAUGUAAAAUUAA